AUGAUUUGGGGCUCGCGGUUCGUGGGUCUCCUCAUCUUCUGCAGCUUUGGCACCGCAUAUCAGGGAACCCGCGAGUCACCGGCGGCUCCGGAGACAGCGGACACAAGCCAGGUUCGUUUUGAGGGCCUGGCUGAGUGGCAUCCAACAGUACAGCAGGAAAGCUAUACUCAGCUCGUGCAGAGCACUGGACCAUCACCACAGUGCCAGCCGGCUACCUAUUCAAGCAAGGCUUCGCCUUUGGAAAGGAACAAUGGCCAGUCGUGGUGGACAAAGCGGCUGGUGGUGCGAGCAUUGCAAUCGCCAGAACAAGCAAGGAGCCAACUUCUGUCCAGGGUGUGGCAGAGGCUGGAGUCCCUGGCAGAUGCCCUACACGGCUCCUGGCAAGGGGUCGCAGUGGCAAGAUUGGUGGACAAUGGCAAGGGCAAGGGCAAGCCGCCCGGGCCCAAAGGGGGCAAAGGCAAGACCGAACCCCCACCGACGGCUCCAUCCAUCGAGGGCCUGCCCGCAGCGCCGUCCGCCCCGGCGCUUGCAGCACCCAAGAAGCCGGCGGCCGAGGCAACACCGGCGCCGGAGAAGACGCAGUUGGAGGCACUACUGGGUCUUUUGGUCAACUCGGCUGUGCCUCUUCCGGAUGGGGUUCAGCAAAUGGUGCAAGACAUGCAACAAUCCAGCUCCCAGGCAUCGGCCAAGGUGCUUCACAGAGCUGUGACGGAUCAGUCAAAGGCUCGUCAGGCCCUGGCUCGCAUUCGGCUACAGCGGUCCACCUACAUGGAGGCCUGGAGAGACUACCUUGUGCAGCUAUCUGCACUCCUCGAGCAGCAACUGCAGGAGCAGACGACCAUCCUGCAGAGCUUCGACGAACACGAGACCCAGUGGAUCGGCAUGGAAAGCCAAGCGACGGUGCAGCUUUCCAAGCUGACCAGUGGGGACAAGGAAGCCCCAGACUCGAUCGAGGGGACCGAGCGAGAUGCGGAGAUGGCAGAGCAGCAGGUGGACAAUGCCAUCGAGACGGAGCAGCGGCUUCGUGCAGCAUCGGGCGAAGGCCAGGAAGCCACCAAGAAGAUGAUCGCGGCUCUCUCGGAGAUGAGACAGAACGCAGAAGAGCAGAUCCGAGCUCACACCAGAGAGGGCUCGCGCACACCCCGCCGCACUCCUUUGAUGGACCUCACCGGCGAGGACAAGAGCGAGGAGAACGCCGAGGACAAGAAGGAUGGACCCAAGCAGGCAUCCAAGUUCCAGCUGGGACUCCCUGGCGGGGUUGAGCCACAUUCCAUUAUUCAGGACCGGACUUACGUCGGUCCACAUGCGUGCAGGUUGCUGGCUAUCAUGCUAAGGUUUGAGACGGCUCUUGCUUGCAGUGGUGUUUGCGGCCACUCCAUUUGGGAGGAUGGCCGCAUUUCGGGAAGUCGGUGGCCAGUGCCUGUCGAUCUCGACAGGGCGGUUGCCACAGCCAAGUGGGAGCUUCUGCUUCGUGUUCCUAUUUGGGAAAAUGACGCUGAGAAAGACCUAGGGUGCGGGUUGAUGCCUCAGAGCUGGCACUGGCUAAGACAGGGCCUCCGGUCACUCGAGACCAUCCCACAAAAUGCAAUGAGGACGCUAGUUUCCUCGGACUUGUACAGACCUCGAGGGCAUGGUAGGGCGCUUUUCGUGCAGCUUUCCACUCUCCCGCUUUCCCGGGACCACGCACCUGUUGCCGCCGCCAACCUCGAUGCCCUGUCGCAGCAUGUGCCACAUGAGCUGAGCACUGCAACCAGUCCUUCUUUUGUCACGGUCGCCAAUUUUUGUCCUCGCGCUGUCUCUCUGCCGAGAGACAGCCCCCGCCUUUGCAACAUUUCUGCGACAGGCGACCAGUGCCUGGCAAGCCGUAGCUGCCUUCUCAGGCAAAAGAAGUAUACCACAGCCCGAGUGCAUUUUGCAUCGCAGGAGCUGCCCUCAUGCAACACGCCCACAGGAUCAGGCCCCACUGAGCCCUCGACGAUUGUGCCCCCUGGAGAGAUCACACCGCCGAGUGCCAAAGCCAGCGCGGCUUCCGCCAGAAGCCCAGGACAAAUUGCCUUGUUCAGGGCAGAGGCAAUCCAGGUAUAUCCUGCUGAGGUCCGUGCUGCUCCUAUCUUUAGCUCGCCGGCUCACUUGUUUUCCUGGGGGUCCGGGGCUAGGUCUGGGAGGUUCACGGUUUUCGACCAUGUACGCCACGUCACGACAGAGCGAUGUCUGCCUGCAGCCAGCCUGGCCGAUAUGAUUGCCUUAUCGUUGUCGGGCCUGCCUUUCACAGCCUCGGGGGUAGUCAUUCUCGCACACACACUGCCUGGCCUUCCCUUGCCCCAACUCGUUUUCAUCGAACAGGGAAGGACCCCGACAGAGCUUCCAAUUCCUUGGGAUCUCCGUGGCAUUGGGGAACGCAUUGUCACUCUCAGGCAUAGCAGUGGCGACCAACGCGACCUUGCUCUUCAGGCAGUUCAGCCGCAUGUGCAGCAGCCGAUUGACCUGAACAACGAGCUUGAACGAGGGUCACUUCACCUACAGGAUGCACUGGGACCGGUGCAACAGACCCUACAAGUCAACCUCCAUGCAAUUCAGCACUUCAGGCUGUCGCGGACCGCCGAGCUUGCUGUUGCGGUUUGGGACUUUAGUGGGUUAGUUGAUGAUAGGCCCGGACCCGAUAGCGCGGCCCCAGUGACCACUACCACUACCACUGCUGUUCGGGUCACGCCCAUGCUGGUGCAAUAUCCGAGCUGCCGACUUGUAUUGAUGAGGGGCAACAUUGGGUACUCAUGCGUGCUCACCAACCAGCAGCAUCUUGUUGAUGCCGCCAUGUGGCGUUUGAUACAGCAGCAUGGCUCUGACGCGCCAAUCAGCGAUGAGGCACAAAUCGUGCUGGCCGCCGCCCAGCCUGCACGUCAAGGACCGUACCAAGAUGUAGUCUGUCUCCUGCUGGAAGAUCCCGAUGACGUGACGGUCCUCUGGGACGGUCGAGUCCACCAGAGCGUUGUACAGACUAGCACGUACUCCGCCUUCCAGCAGACUCAGCUCGUGCUUACACCACAGUGGCAAGAAGCUGGAUGGCGACUCGCGGUGAACGGAGUACCCGAUGCACACAUGCCGCGCACCUUGAGAAAUGGAGAUCUUAUCACUCCCUUUCGAUGCAAUCAGGUCCCACCGGUUGUUCCACUCGGAUGGCCACUGGCGCACUUUCCGCUGCUACGGCCCUAUGCCUUGCCUAUCAGCAUCACUGCCAGCGAUAGGACCUUCAUUCGGGGUUUGAGGCUUAGGCGCCUUCAGAUGGGCCUCCAUCUCAUCCAAGAGGGAUCCGUUACGGUUUAUGGCCCGGCCCAUGCGGAGCUUCAUCUUUACACAGGCCUGCACUCCGUGCCCACCUGGGAACAGGCUCUUGCGGCCGUACGCAGAGUACAGGGAGUGCCGGGGUUGCUUGACUUCACCAUCACCCCCCUAACCGCACCCAAUGCAGUUGUUUUGGUGAGCUCCACGCCCAACUGUGCGCAACAUACAAUUCUUGUGCCGGCGCCGGGCUAUCCCUGUCAGUUCCUCCCGCUCAUGGUGUCCGCCCACACGAGACACCUACGAGGCGUUCCUGCCGAUGCAGGGGUUGUACUCGUGCCACAGCGUGGGCUAGCUAGAGGGGAUGUCUUGGUUGCUAGGGCCUCUAAUGCUGCGUUCUUUGCAGAUUCGGACAGCUCCAUGGACGAGGACACGUCAGCUCUUCUGCAGGUGAGCGCUGCCAACAUCCCUGCUCGGAUCUCAGGAAAGUUGGCAGUGAGCGCUGGCGAGCCGCGGCACUCUCUUCGGCCGAAUCGGGAGUCACAAGCUGAAGGUGACGCUGUGCGCACGACAACCCACAACUGUCCCGUGGUCACCCCCUUCGGCAGAAGGAGCCUUCCCGCGCAAAAGGCCGUCACAGAGGCCGGUCGCACCUCUGUUCGCCUUUCUGAAUGCUUGCCGCUGCAACCCAGCACUGACGUUGAUGGGCCUCCACAGAGACAAGUCAGCUUACAGUGCGGAGUUACACCAGACAUGUUCGAUUUCAUUUUCCGUGAUUUUGGACUCGAACUUUUCGACCUCGAUUGGAAAGAUGUGCCAGCUCUCCCUAGCUGUUCCCGGGGUUUUGUAGCCCUCUUGCCCAGAAUUGAUCGGGCCAAGCCAAUUGAGGCAAUCCAGCUUUACGUGGAUGGGUCGUACUACCCCGACACCGGACAGGGGGCGCGAGCCGGCUGGGCGAUCUCGGCCUUAGGGCUUCAGCGUGGUGUCUGGGGUUGGAUAGGCUUGUGUGCGACCAGCACUCCUGCACGAGGGUCUUCUCGUACUCUUCAGACUUCGGUUGGAUCCUCAUACGAAGUUGAGCUCGCGGCUCUCUGCUACGCGCUCGCUGUUGCUUGUGCCUUGCCAGCGCCCACCAUGGUCGGUUACGAUUCAACUUCGGCAGGCGACAUUGCCAAGGGUGUUGUUACUGCUGAAGUCCAGACCGGCCUGACUUCGGCGGUUGCUUCCCUCGUCCAUCUGCUUGACGUGUUGGGUCGUCAGCCCAACUUCCUGCAUAUCAAGUCGCACCAGCAGCAUCCCCUCAACGAACUUGUAGACUGUGCUGCAAAGGCGGCAGCCAAUGGGCAUAUCUGCAGCCAUGUGCCUGAUACCCUGGCCGCUGCGGAAAGAGAGGGGGUGCUCUCGUGGCUGUGGGCGGCAAUCGGGGCCCUUGCUUCUGUACCGGCUCUCACCCCCGCUGGCCUCCUUCUCGACUGCAAUCCGCCUGCCACUGAGCCUGCUCUUUCUGAGCUUGUCGUUGACACCCCAUGCUCAGGCAGGACUGUUCUGCAUUUUCAAGUUGCGUCGUAUAAUUGUCUCUCACUCGCCUCCCAAGCCCAGAAAGAAUCCCUGUGCGACCAGUUUCGCCGGGCAGGAGCCUCCAUUAUCGGGCUCCAAGAAACUCGUGUGACCGGUGAGGCCCGUCAACACUCAGCCGACUUUCACAUCAUAGCGAGUGAUGCAGACCAGGGACAGCACGGAUGCCUGAUCUGGUUUUCCAAAAAGGCGAUUCUUGGCUGGCUAGAUGACACUCCCCUCCACUGGGAUGGGGCCGGCUUCAGUGUUGUCCUUCGCCGGCCACGGCUGUUGCUUGUUCUGGCUAAAGUUGGGACAUACCGGAUCGCAGUCCUCUGCGCUCAUGCCCCAACAUCCCGUGCCACAAUAGGGGUCCGCAGGGCCUGGUGGGAGGAGCUGCACAGAGCCUUCGGUAUGAUUCCCUGCAAUUGUGUGCCGUUGGUUACCAUCGAUGCCAACGCCCGCCUGGCGACCCCCCCUCAGUCAGAUGAAGACAAUGCGGCAUUGUUACGACGCUUCCUGGCCCGACACGAUUUGGCACAUUCUGCAUGCCAGGGCGAUGAUGGCUCAGAGAUUGGCUCCUGGAUCAGCCCCCUGGGCAAUGCAACCUGCAUCGAUUAUGUGCUGUACCCCCGGUCUCUGCAUGGAGGGGUCAAGUCUCUUGGUGUCUUCAGCGGUUUUGUCGGUUUGGUUGAGCACGACCACAAGCCCGUACGGAUCGAGUUGUCGGUCAGGCAGGAGGUCACGGUUGCUCAGUCUCGACCACGCCUGGACCUUCAAUGCCUGCGCACACCACGGGGCCAGCGAGCGCUACAAGAAAUGCUUCGUGCCAUGCCGCUGGUUCCGUGGAAUACGGGGGUCGACAUGCACCUCGAUGCCAUAAACCGUCACAUCAUGCAAGGCCUGGAAAAGAUCUGCCCCAAAGCACAGGCUUUUGCCAGAAAGCGCAUCACCUCCGCGCGAACCUGGGAUCUCAUACGCAGACGGCGCGAGCUACGCCGGCAGAGCCACCAACAAUGCCUUCACAUGCGACAUGCGCUGCUGGUCGACUGCUUUCGCUCCUGGCGCAGGGGGGCCCGCACCGUGUCGGUUGACACACAUCUGCAGGGGCUUCACUUAGGGUUCCUAGGCCUCCAGAUCAAGCGGAUCUCCCGCCGGAUCACUCAGUCCGCCAAACAGGAUUCGGCCGAGGCCUCUAGGCAGAUCUUUCAGGAUGCCAGACAAGCUGGACCGGAGAAACUUCACAAGCUCUUCAAGGGAGUGCUUAAGACGGGGCGAGGAUACAAGAAGCCCAACCUCACCCCAGCCCUCCUUCAGGCCGACGGCGUGCUUGCUCCGGAGCCGCUCGAUGUUCUGGGUGCCCAUUUCGCUACUGCAGAGCGUGCCACCAGGGUCGAUGCUGCGGACCUUCGUACACCGUCGGCUCGGACGGAGUGUCUCACAUUACAGGCCACUAAGACCUUCAGCAUACCCAACAUUAUCCACGCCUUUGGUGGCAUGGCAGCCAGAAAGGCACCGGGCAUCUCGGGGGUGCCGCCGGAAAUCUUCAGAUUCGCACCCUCCCAGGCCGCCAGCCUCCACAUGCCGCUGGUCUUAAAGAUGCUCCUCAGGGGCCAGACUCCGACCCUCUGGCGCGGCGGCCGGGCCGCGGCCAUCGAAAAACCUGGCAAAUGUUUGACAGACCCGGCCGGGUGGCGAUCGAUUAUGCUCAUGGAGGCAGGAGCUAAGGGCCUAGGGGCCGCCAUGAGGGCUGAACUUCUCUCGGGGUUCGAUAAGAUUCGGGUUGAAGGGCAAGGAGGGAGCCGACCAAAGGCUCCGAUGCAAGCUGCCAUGUCACAAAUCCGCGGAUUCGUGACCGACUUGAACCGUCGCCACCGCUCAGGCGGCGUGAUUUUCGUUGAUGGGCAGACGGCCUUCUAUGCCACUGUCCGGCAGCGACUUCUCGGCCGUGACGCCUCACAGCCUCUGGCAUAUCUGGAGCAUCUUGCGACCGUGCUUUUCGACGACAGUGAUGACCGGGACCGCUUCAUUGCUACCGCCCUUGCGCCAGGGCUGCUUGAGCACUGCCAGAUUUCGCCUGAGGUUCGGCGAAUGGUCGCUUCGCUACUAGACUCUACGUGGUUUAGCCUUACAGCCGGUGGAGACAGGCCGUACCUCACCCACACAGGCACCACGCCUGGGGCGCCCUUAGCAGAUCUCCUUUUUCAAUACAUCUUCGCGACAGUACUCCACCAACUCCGCAAAAAGCUUGAUGACCUUGAUUGUAGGGCGUUUGCUGGAGCGGACCUCCGGGUUCAGCUGCCCGACCCCACGUGGAUGGACGAUCUCUCGGUACCGUUCCUCGCAGAACGUGCCGUUGAUGUCGUCCCCCUUGCGUCAAAAGCAUUGGCCGAGAUCGCUGGGGCCAUGCAGCAGAUCGGGGUUCGGGUAAAUUGGGCGCAAGGCAAAUCCGAACUCUUGGCCAUCUUCCAUGGGGAGGGCGCGCGUUCGGAGAGAGCUCGCUGGAGCGCGGCCGAGGGAGGCACCUUCUGCGUCACAUCGCCUGAUGGAUCCGCUGUUCGCGCUCACAUUACGCCAGCCUACAUCCACUUAGGCUCUCUUGUGGAUGUACGUGGCGGUGACCUUGAGGACAUCAGGCGCCGUCGUGUCCUAGCCCGCGAGCUUCAGAGACCACUCAUGAAGCUCCUUUGCAAUCCCUUCUUGUCGCCCGCCGAGAAGCUCGACCUCUUGCUAUCUAUGCCGGUCGCCCGGUUCAAGCAUGGCAGUGGUCUCUGGCGCCUCCAAGGUCCAAAGGAGCACGAGGCCUUCAGAGCAGGAUACAUGGAACUGCUGCGCCGUGCCUUCAGGCCGAUUGUUGGCUGCUCGUCCAGAGGCUUGACGGACGAUGACAUUUGCGACGGCCUUGGCGUCCUCAGUGCGGACGAACUCCGCAUCACAGAGCUUGCCAGGCAUGCUGGCUGGCUUGUUGCUGAACGGUCGAGUUCCAUUCAAGAACUCUGGCUCAACGAAGGUGCUUGGCUGCAAGAGGCCAAAGCCGCUGUGGCGAGCUGUGCGCCAAGACAAUGGAAGGGCAGCUGUCCAUGGGCUGCACUAGUUCAGGAACCCAGUGCUAUCAAGCCGGGCAUCAAGGGUUUCGUCAAGCGCUGCAGAAGGAUCAGGGCAGAGAGGGGCGCUGACAAGGCGCCCAAAUGGCGGACAAUUGAGCAGGCCAGAAAGGAGGGUUGGAUUUUCUGUCAUUUCUCCACCGAAGCUGAUCACAUUGCUUGCCAUCGAUGCGAGAUUUGCAGCCGCAGUUUCAAAACCAGUGCUGCCUUGGCAGCGCAUCGGAGUAAGACUCAUGCUCGACAGGCUCUUGCCAGCCGGCUCGCUGGAGGCAGCCGCUGUGAAAUCUGUUGCGUCGAGUUUUGGAGCACACGGAGGCUCACGGAGCACCUCCGUAAGUCGGUUCGAUGCCUACAGGUGCUCGAAGCAUCAGACACCGAUCCUACGGAUCAUGUGCCGCAGCGCUUUCAUUUUGCGUGGCCUCCCGCGGCCGCAGCACAUGGGCCUAGGCCCUUCUGGGCCACACUAAGCCCAGAGGAGACAGCCAAGCCGACUGCUUCAGCAGCCCCGGUUGCAGCUUGGCCAAUUUUGCCAGACAUCAGUAAGGGCAUUUACUCCAAGGGUCUGUCCGGAUUUGUUCAGGCUGUUGUUGAGUUUGGGCUUGAUACGGGGCUUGGUUGCGAUGACGUGCCCAUUGGCCUUAUUGGUGUUCCGACCUGUUUGAAGGGGUUAGUGGAUUGCUGCCUUUUCAUUUCAGAGUCUUUCGGCUCAGCGCGAAGCGCGAGCUGGACUGUCAGGGGAUCCUGGGCUGUUUCAGUUGUCGGGAACCGGGCAGUUUUCAAACCUCUUUCUGCUCAGCUUGGCGGAGAGCUUCCCACGGAGUGGCAAGCUUGUCUGCCAUCUUGA